UUUCUUUUCUUUGCCCUCUUGCUUCUUGGCUGGCCCAGGGAUGACUUCCUCGCUGCAGCGGCCCUGGCGGCUGCCCUCGCUGCUCUGGGCGGUCCUGCUGGUCAGCACUGCGGCCGCUUCCCAGAAUCAAGAACGGCUUUGUGCAUUUAAAGAUCCCUAUCAACAAGACCUUGGGAUAGGUGAGAGUCGAAUCUCUCAUGAAAAUGGGACAAUAUUAUGCUCAAAAGGUAGCACCUGCUAUGGCCUUUGGGAGAAAUCAAAAGGGGACAUAAAUCUUGUAAAACAAGGAUGUUGGUCCCACAUUGGAGAUCCCCAAGAGUGUCACUAUGAAGAAUGUGUAGUUACCACCACCCCUCCAUCAAUUCAGAAUGGAACAUACCGUUUCUGCUGUUGUAGCACAGACUUAUGUAAUGUCAACUUUACUGAGAAUUUUCCACCUCCUGAUACAACACCACUAAGUCCACCUCAUUCAUUUAACCGAGAUGAGACAAUAAUCAUUGCUUUGGCAUCAGUCUCUGUAUUAGCGGUUUUGAUAGUUGCCUUAUGCUUUGGAUACAGGAUGCUGACAGGAGACCAUAAACAAGGUCUUCACAGUAUGAACAUGAUGGAGGCAGCAGCGUCAGAGCCCUCUCUUGAUCUAGAUAAUCUGAAACUCUUGGAAUUGAUUGGCCGGGGUCGAUAUGGAGCAGUAUAUAAAGGUUCCUUGGAUGAGCGUCCAGUUGCUGUAAAAGUCUUUUCCUUUGCAAACCGUCAGAAUUUUAUCAAUGAGAAGAACAUUUACAGAGUGCCUUUGAUGGAACAUGACAACAUUGCUCGCUUUAUAGUUGGGGAUGAGAGAGUCACUGCAGAUGGACGUAUGGAAUAUUUGCUUGUCAUGGAGUAUUAUCCCAAUGGAUCUCUGUGCAAGUAUUUGAGUCUCCAUACAAGUGACUGGGUAAGCUCUUGUCGUCUGGCUCAUUCUGUGACCAGAGGACUAGCUUAUCUUCACACAGAAUUACCACGAGGAGAUCAUUACAAACCUGCCAUAUCCCAUCGAGAUUUAAACAGCAGAAAUGUUCUGGUGAAAAAUGAUGGAACCUGUGUUAUUAGUGACUUUGGGUUGUCUAUGAGGCUGACUGGAAAUAGACUUGUGAGGCCAGGGGAAGAAGAUAAUGCAGCUAUAAGUGAGGUUGGCACAAUCAGAUAUAUGGCACCAGAAGUGCUAGAAGGAGCUGUGAACCUGAGGGACUGUGAAUCAGCUUUGAAACAAGUAGACAUGUACGCACUUGGACUUAUCUAUUGGGAGAUAUUUAUGAGAUGUACCGACCUCUUCCCAGGUGAAUCUGUACCAGAAUACCAAAUGGCUUUUCAGACGGAAGUUGGAAACCAUCCCACCUUUGAAGAUAUGCAGGUUCUGGUAUCCAGGGAAAAACAGAGGCCCAAGUUCCCAGAAGCCUGGAAAGAAAACAGCCUGGCAGUGAGGUCACUCAAGGAGACAAUCGAAGACUGUUGGGACCAAGAUGCAGAAGCUCGCCUUACUGCUCAGUGUGCUGAGGAAAGGAUGGCUGAACUUAUGAUGAUAUGGGAAAGAAACAAAUCUGUGAGCCCAACAGUCAAUCCAAUGUCUACUGCUAUGCAGAAUGAGCGCAACCUCUCACAUAAUAGACGUGUGCCAAAGAUUGGCCCUUAUCCAGAUUAUUCUUCUUCCUCAUAUAUCGAAGACUCUAUCCAUCACACUGAUAGCAUUGUGAAGAAUAUUUCCUCUGAGCAUUCAAUGUCCAGCACACCUCUGACUAUAGGGGAAAAGAACCGAAACUCAAUUAAUUAUGAACGCCAGCAAGCACAAGCUCGAAUCCCCAGCCCUGAAACAAGCGUCACCAGCCUGUCUACCAAUACAACAACCACAAACACCACUGGCCUCACUCCAAGCACUGGCAUGACCACUAUAUCUGAGAUGCCAUACUCAGAUGAAACAAGUCUGCAUGCCACAAAUGUUGCACAGUCAGUUGGGCCAACCCCUGUCUGUUUACAGCUGACAGAAGAAGACUUGGAGACAAACAAGCUAGACCCAAAAGAAGUUGAUAAGAACCUCAAGGAAAGCUCUGAUGAGAAUCUCAUGGAGCAUUCCCUUAAACAGUUCAGUGGGCCAGACCCACUGAGCAGUACCAGUUCUAGCUUGCUUUACCCACUCAUAAAGCUUGCAGUAGAAGUGACAGGACAGCAAGACUUCACACAGGCUGCAAAUGGCCAAGCAUGUUUAAUUCCUGAUGUCCCACCUACUCAGAUCUAUCCUCUCCCCAAACAACAGAACCUUCCUAAAAGACCUACUAGUUUGCCUUUGAACACCAAAAAUUCAACAAAGGAGCCCCGGCUGAAAUUUGGCAGUAAGCACAAAUCAAACUUGAAACAAGUAGAAACUGGAGUUGCCAAGAUGAAUACAAUCAAUGCUGCAGAACCUCAUGUGGUGACAGUCACAAUGAAUGGAGUAGCAGGCAGAAACCACAAUGUUAACUCACAUGCUGCCACAACCCAGUAUGCCAAUGGGGCAGUACCAUCUAGCCAGACAGCCAACACAGUGGCACACAGAGCCCAAGAAAUGCUGCAGAAUCAUUUUGUUGGUGAGGACACCCGGCUGAAUAUUAAUUCCAGUCCUGAUGAACAUGAACCUUUACUGAGACGAGAACAACAGGCUAUCCAUGAUGAAGGUGUUCUAGAUCGUCUCGUUGACAGGAGGGAAAGGCCACUGGAAGGUGGCCGAACUAAUUCCAAUAACAACAACAGUAAUCCAUGUCCAGAGCAAGAUGUUCUUACACAGGAUGUUCUGAGCACAGUAGCAGAUCCUGCACCAUCAAAGCCCAGAAGAACACCAAGGCCUAAUUCUCUGGAUCUUUCAGCCACAAAUGUCCUGGAUGGUAGCAGUAUGCAGUUAGGUGAGGUAACACAAGAUGGAAAAUCAGGAUCAGGUGAAAAGAUCAAGAAACGUGUGAAAACUCCUUAUUCUCUUAAGCGAUGGCGCCCCUCCACCUGGGUCAUCUCUACUGAACCACUGGACUGUGAGGUCAACAACAAUGGCAGUGACAAGGCAGUUCAUUCCAAAUCCAGCACCGCUGUUUACCUUGCAGAAGGAGGCACUGCCACAACCAUGGUGUCUAAAGAUAUAGGAAUGAACUGUCUGUGAAAUGUUUUCAAGCUUAAGGAGUGAGAUUAUUUUUUGCAUCAUUUAACACACAGAAGACACUUAAAAAAAAACUGCUUUAUCCUCCUGUUAGCACCCACUCCUACCCCUGCAACAAGGACUUGCUUUAAAUAGAUUUCAGCUAUGCAGAAAAUUUUAGCUUAUGCUUCCAUCUUUUUAAAUUUUGUUUUUAAGUUUUGCACUUUUGUUUAGUCUCACUAAAGUUAUAUUUCUCUGUUAUGACCACAGAAUUAUAUGUGUGUUUAUCAAAAGUGGUCUCAAAAUAUUUUCUUAAGUAAAAAAGCAAACAGUGUAUUGCUGAUAAUCAAUUUGGACCAGUUUCUAAAUGUCAUUAAAACAGAAGGAAAUUAAGUCAGGUUUGUCUGCAGUGGUGUCUGGUAUCCAUAUUUUAUUUCUGGGCACAAGCUAGUCUAUAUGUUGAUACGUUCCUUAACAUAGUAUCUGUUGGACAUUCUUCUCUCUCUCGUGUUUGUUUUAAUGUGCAAUAGUCUAUAGGCUACAAAUAAGCGUUCUUAUAAGCUCUCUUCCUAAUAGGGCACAGAUUCUUCCAUAAUAUGAACAUUAUUCUUCCUGCCCACCCUCCAUACUUUUGGUAGCUCAGUUCUGUGACAGUGAAUUUUGCACAGGCAAAAACUGCUACCUGAUUUAUUUUCUUUCUCCUUAUCAUGAAGAAUGCAGAAACAUUGUCUCAAAGGGCUCUAAAGAAGGAACCACCAAAACCUAAUUUAAAAUGCUAUUUCUUUCAACCUUCAAGUCCUAAAUGUUUCCUUCCUAGUAUUUUAAUAAACAUCUUUGGUUCUGGUUUUGGAAGUUCAUAUGAGAGCAUAGAACAAAAUAAAGGAAAUCAAAUAUUAGCCUUUUUAAAUUUUAUUUUAAUUUUAUAUGUAUGUUCCAUAUUCAUCUAGUUAAGUACACUUUUAUCAGAAACCUUGAAGAGCUAUCCUUAUGGAAUUUUUAAGUGGGUAGAUGGGUAAGAAAUAUAGUGUUUAUAGCCUUCAUUCUCUGUAUGGACCAUCUUUGACUCAAAUAAAAUUACAUUUCCUGUUUAAAAUAACUUCAAAAGUAAUUCAUAGUUUUGAACCUAUAGUACCUUUUCUUUCUUAUUCCCAAAUAAAACCUGGUGACUUUACAUGAAGAUGAUUAUUCUUCCCAUGACCUAAAACACUGUGUGGAAAAAUCAUUCAAAUGGCAUGCCAAAUCCCUAUGGAAGGAAGGAUUUCUGCCAAACCUACCUGUUUAGAGCAAACUAAGACUUACCGCUCUUCAAAAUUAUGUGUUUCUUUGCUAGUGCUAUUUUCAUAAUUUCUCCUUUUGCUAGCUUUCACAGAAGCUUCAAGACAUGAUCAGCACUAAUUAUAUACAUUAAAUUAGAUAAUGCCUUUUAUUGAUAUGUGUCCUUCAAAUCAUACUGUUUUUAAAAUCUUCCCUGCUUCUUUCACUACUACUAAUCUUCUCUAAAACAACUUCUACAUGUUUUCUACAAUGAAGCACUUUCUUUGAAAUAAGGGAUGCUUUUCUUAUAAGCACAAAUUAUUUUUAUCAGUUUGCAACCAGUGAUAUUGUCACUUUUUUUUUCAGCUUCUCAGAGUAUUUUAAAUAAAUGUUAUUUAAUUAACUUUCGACUGGGAGAUUUCUCUGAGAGGAAACACAAAUUCCUAAAUUCUAGGUUUAGGUUUUUAUCUCCUGAACCAUAUUUUCUCAUUCAUAUUCCCCUCUCUUCAUCAUAGCUGAAGAUAUCCUAAAAUUUCCAAUUUGGUGUCCAAAUACAUAUGACUUACUUGCAUAUAAGUCUUCUCUUGUUUGCUCUUUGCUGUGAUCUUAAGAGUUAGAUGUGACAACACUUACCAUUUAUUCAGCUAAAUUGCUGAACGCAGUUUUGAAUUAGAAUCAAGAUUAUCUUACUGGUGCCCAGGAUUUCCAUCUUUUAUGUUUUAUUGGUCCUUCUCUUGAUUCAGACCCUUAACACAUUUUUAUCCUGCAUAUAACUUUUUUCAUAUAGUUGUUAUUGUUUUAUCUAUAUGGCAGAUUAUUUAUAUCUUUCCCUAUAAAUUUUCACUUAGUACUCUUGUCUUUAAAUAUGUCUUUCAGCUGCAGUUCAGGAUAUUCUAUUUGAAACACAUGUAGGACAUCUUUGAGUCAAAAUAAAUUAUAUUUCUUCUCCAAUUUGAAGCAUUGAGGGAAAAUGACCAUAUGAAAUCCAAAUGAUCUUUUCAUGCCAGAAGAAAAGUUAUCUUAUGUUCUGCUAUGCUGUAUAUUUUGCCAAUUGCUUGUAAGUGUUCCAGCAUUCUUUAAUGCUUAAUAAUAAAAUGCUUUCAAAAAUUAAUAUGCUAGAGUAAAAAAAAACUCCUUAUAGUUUCCCAUUUCAUACAAGCAUGCUUAAAACAAUUAAUUUCCUUUCUUCAGUUUCUUUUUUAGUAUGCUUUUGAAAAACUAGGAAAGUAAAAAAAAAUACAGAUAAUUUUAAUAAAUUUUAAAUUAAAUUGUACAUAAAGCUGAUGUACUUUUAGACUCUAAUAUACAAGCAAGCAAAAGUCACUUUGACUCUUAAAUCAUUUACUUGCUAACUUUUUCGUCUAAUUAAUGUUUCUUAAAGCUGAUAUUUAAAUACUAUCACAAAAUUUUGCAGAAGGAAAGUGUUUGGAUCCUUUUAAACAAAAGGCCAAUCAACUAAAAAAUAUUAAACUUAAUUUCUCUGGAUAUUAAUAGGUCACAAAAAUCUAAUAUUAGUUCCCUUAACUAAAACUUAAUUGUAUACAAGAAUUAAGUCAUUGAAAGAACUUGAUUUGAAUUGUGUUUAGCUGAAAAUGAUUUAAUUAUAAUUCCUAAAACUUUUUUCCCUGUUUAAAAUACAGUGGAAAAAGACACUGUUAUCAUUGUAGAAAAUUAUGGGAAGGCACAGAAGAGAAAUAAUACUUAGUAACCAUUUUAUUCACAGCAACAACAUUAGGAUUAUAGUUAAUAUUCUCACUUUGCAGAUGAGGAAUCUGUAGUUAAUAGCAGCUAAGUAAUUUGCCCAAGGUCCUUAUCUAGUAAUAGACAAAGCUAGUAUUUUAACGUGGGUCUGCCUCUCCACACCUCUUUCAUGCACACCCUACAUGCCUACACACUUUAUGACAGGAUAUACAGUGUGCUGACAUUUUGUAAGAAAUUCAGUCGUUAAUGCCAGCACAAUUGUGGUUUGUAUAUAAGCCAAAUCAGAUUCCUUAAUGAUUUUAGAAGUUAGGCAAACGUAAGAAGUAUAGGCGUGUCUGUGCUGAUUAUUGCUGGAGAAACAAUUACUAAUUAAAGAUAAAAUUCAAUCCCAGAUCUGCCAUCAUGAGUCUUAAAAUCAUUUCACUUCUCUUUGCUCCUAACAUUGUUAUAUUGCAGAACUAAAAGUAAAGUAAUUUUUAAGGGAAAUGUAAAGGUAGGUUAUGGGAAUUAAGACUUUUCCCUAAAUUUAUUCUAUGCUAGAUUUGGAGGAAUAGGCUUAACACGAACUUUCAGUCUCAUAUAUGAUUUGACUCCAUCUGGAAAAUUAUUUGCUUUUAGUGACUUCAGAAAACUUUCUGACUCAAAGAACUAAUUGAGUAGGACUUAUGAAGGAUACAAGGAUAAUGUCCUUUUUAAAAGCAUUUUAGUAUACCUCCUUACCUGUAUACACUUGUUCCAAAAAUUGUACGUUAGUUUUGAAUGUGAAAAUAAUUGAGAGGUGAGAGGAAGGAACACUUAAGUCAAUAUCGUAAAAUUUGGCAAGUAUUUUCAUUUAAAAUGUUUUCACAUUUUGUUUUUAGAGCCAAAUGGAAUACCAGUAGGUUGCAGCUAUUUACUGAAGUUUCCAGUCUCUAAACCUCUCUCGAGAGUCAUUUAAAAUAGAAAAAAAAUUUUCAAUAAACUUUUUGUUCUAUUUUUCUUAUUUAUGGACACAAAUACUCAUUGGUGGUAGUUUGCUCAUAGAAUUUGAGAUUGUGUUAUAUUUCUUUAUAGUCUUUUAUAAAUGUAUGUUGAACUUGCUAUCAGUUAUAUGCAGUUUAUUAAAUAAUUAUUCACAUAUUGCUUUAUAUAUUACUUUUAUCUUCCCAACUAACAAAGUUAGAAUCUGUAUACAUGUUAGUUGAUAAUCUAGACAUCAGUCAUUGAAAUUGUAUAGCACCCCACAUAUACUCCAGUAGUCUUUUACAGGCUGCGUUGUUUCUGAAUAUUCAUGCCCUCUACUGGCAGUUCACUCUUCAUGUAAAAUUGCAUUUUACCUUUAGAUUGUGAACUAUGCAAACUACCAAAACUACCUUGCAAGAUCGCCUCCUAAAUAGACUCCUUAUUUAAAUAAAUCUGACAAAUCACUGUUUGAGCUAGUUACACAAAAGCUGUUAUCAAAAGGCUUUUCUGCAGUUUCUAAAUUAACAUAAAAGAAAAGAGGAAAUUGCAGGGCUCUCUGGUGCACCUAGCCAUUGCUUUCCUUAAAUCACCUUUUGGUUAAGCCUUACUUAUUCUAUCCCUUGGUUAUCUGACUUGCAAUCUGUGUCCUCAGAUCUGUCCUGCCUCCCUCCUGCUUCAUUUUUAAUCCAUUUCUCAUAUCCAGUAGGAAAAGAAGAGAGCAGCUGGUCAUCCUUCUUAACAUUGCUAUUCUUCAGUAUGCUUUUGGCUUCUCAAUAUCUAAGUCUUCAGACAAAAUUGCUUUAGUUCCUUUAGCUUUUUCUCCCCAAUCGUAUUUGAAUAACUUUUAUUUAUAUUUAAGAACACGUAAAGUUAUAUUUUAUGUUAUAUUCAAAUACAUUGCUCUAGUUAAGUAAUAAUUUAAUUGUUCAAUAGAAUUGAGAAUUAAGAUGCUACCAUUUGGCAGUGGAUACAACCAUCAGACUAUCAGCAAAAUCAGCACUUAAUUUAAGUUUUGUUUGUGUUAUCCAACAUUUUCUAUUGUGGAGUUUUAUGAUUUUAUAUUCUCAUUCGUUAUAACUAAAAAGCCUUGCAUAUGGAAUUGUAAAUCAUUAUUUUGCCAUUAAACAUUUGUUAUUGAACUAUAUUGCAGCAAGCUUAACAUGAUUGAGCCACAACAGUGUUUUACAUAUGUCUUUGCAUCAAAUAUUUUUAUCAAACACUAAAUGCAAGAUUACCUUUCAAAAGCAAACCAUACAGUAAUCAGGUAUUAUCUAUGAACAUUUUUGUAGACCACUUUUGAAAUACUUAUAAUUGUAUUUGCAACAUAGACUGGACUAUAAAAACUUUCUCACAUUUUAGGUGACUGGUUAAAAUUGUCUGUGCAUAUAAAGGAGAAACUAGAAAUUUGUCUCAUGGCAGGUACAUUAGAAAGUAAAUACUUCAGAAAAAAAGUGUGCUGUAUAUUUAAAAAAAUAGGAAUUUAUCUCAUGGCAGAUACAUUUGUAAGUAAAUACUUCAGAAAAAAAAGUAUGCUAUAUAUUAAAAUUAUGCCCAAAAUAAGUCAAUUGUAUCUUGAAAAUUCCAAUCCCAUUAUUACUGUAAUGUUCGUGGUGUUACUGUUAAAUGUUGUGAACAUUAGCAUUCAUUUUUAAAACUUAAUUUGAAACCCAGGUUUUAAAAUCUGGGUAUAAGAGAAGGUAUCUUUGCAACUAAAUCACAUCAUUAGUGAGUCCAGUAUAUGAGUGAGAUUUCAAACAAAUUACUGUAUUUUAAAUUACAACUUGAUUUUUUUCCCCAACAUUUUAAAAGGCAGCAUGUGGGGGGUUUUCCCACUUUAUUUGUACUUUUAGAUUUCAGAAACAAUUUCUGAUUUAGACUCACUAUAUAGACAUAAUAUUACUUAAAAACUCAGGGCCGUUUUCAUCCCUUUGCACACUGAAAAAGUUCAAUUGGUAGCAAACAAGCAAUUGGAUCCAGUUGAAUAUUGAAAGUAUUUCUUGCACAGUUCAUUUAAUGUUUCAUCUUAUGAUUAAUACAAUUUACAUAGAUAUAACAGCAGAUUUCAUUAAUUAUAAAAACUUGCCCAGUUCUAUGAAUAGUGACUAGAGAGAAUGACUCAACUAAUUGGCUACAUGUUGUAGCAGAUUUAGGCAUUAUAGUUGAAGCACUUUCUUCAAACCAUUUCUGUCCUUUGAAAGUUAAAUGAUGGGGCAAAUUGUUUCAUUUUAUUUCAUUUUUUUAAAUGAGAAAACUGAAUAAAGUUGUUUCUCUGAGAUGGGAUUUUGUCAUGAGGUAAUUUAAGAUUAUAAUAUUUUCUCCUAAAAGUGAACUAAUAAGAUUAAAGCCUUAGUCAUAAUUUGGAUGAUUUUGAGAAGGUAAUGUAUGGUAACCCAGGUUUUUAUCACAAUGUCAGUUCCAAACAGAAUUUUUCUUUUAAUCCAACAAAUUCAAGCUUCAAACUGGUAUACUGUGUACUUUAAAUCCUAGCCCUAAAGUUGUUUGUAACAAGUUUUUUUUGUCUCAGGCUCUCCACCUUAUUACCAAUCCUCUAAAGUAUGUAAGGAAAACAUAUUUUUAGAGAAGUUUUAACACUAAGAAAACUAAAUUGUUAAAAGAUGCGUUUGAAAGGUCCCUGUUUGACAUUGAAUUGCUUGGCUUUGGUGGCUUUCUUUUUUGGCACACAUUUAUUUAUUUAAACAGUUUUUGUAUACCUUGUCAUUUUGUUUCCAUAGAGAUUAUAUUGUGUAAGUGUUUAUAUACGCUGGAAUCGUCCUUAUUUUUCUGUUGAUCAUUUUUCAAAGAAGCUACAUGGAUAAUUGUAAAAUACACUAACUCUUAGGGUAUUGUGGUAGCUGAAACAUGGAGGUGUGUAGCUGCCAUGCUUUUCGGAAUGGACAGGAGAAACAUAAGCUACAAAGCAUUCAUUUCUGAGGAUACUUUUCUGGAAAAUGAAAGGCUAAAAAAUUGGCAGUUCUUCAGAACCCUCUUCCUUGUUAACGGGUAUCUUUUGUUAGUGUGUUUUGUUCUUACAGUACAGAUAGAAUAUCAUAUAAAUUUAUGAAUAAUGACUUUCAGUUGUUUUGCUUUUGUAUAAGCUGUUUAAGACCUUGCUAUGCUGUACAAGUUGUGUUUGAUGGAUCAGUGUGAGUAUGAAAUAAAGCAAAUCACUUUUUUUGUAUUAUCUAUGGAUGCCACUAUAAAAGGUGACAUUAAGCCACUAAAGAAUUUUCUAUGAAUAAUUGUAAUUAAGUAAAUGCUUUGAUAUAUAUAAAAACCUAAAUAAAAAGAUUGUAUUGAUACAGAGACAUUGGAGAAGGAGAUUUUAAGACAGUCCUUUAGGUUUAAAAAAAGGCUUGCUGUAAAAUGGUGCAUUAUUCCAUUUAUUAAAGAUCAUAUUAAUGACAAUA